CUAUAGCCCACGAUAGCACAGACAACAACACACACUAAAUAUUAUUUUGUUAAACAAUUUAAAGAAUAUAUAUUUUUCGGGAAAAAGGUGUUGGGCUCACAAUCAUAUUCGAUUCCACGUGCUUGCUUGUUAUUUCUCUUGUCAAUCUUCACUGAGCCACGUAUGGUAGAUGUAUUGUUGAGCUGCCCUUCGAUUUAGUUGAAGAAUGUUUCUGGAUACGAGUAAAUCGGUGCUUGGAUACUGGUUAGGGAGCUGAAACUUAGAAUGAAUUCAACAUCAACACAAUUUUUGCCUGCGAGGCGGAUAGGCUUAUUCGAGCCUAUUCAUCAAAUGGGAAUGUGGGGUGAUUUCAAAGGCAAAACUUAUCUGGAUGAAUCUUCUGUACAGUUGAUUAUUGAUAUUGAUGCUAAACUCGACAAUCAGUCGGAGGAUACUUCACAUGGAACAGUUGGACCUUUCAAUAAAUACGACCAAGAAGCAAGUAAGCCAGAUAAGGUCCUGAGACGCUUGGCACAGAACCGUGAGGCGGCUCGUAAAAGCCGUCUGCGGAAGAAGGCCUAUGUUCAGCAGUUAGAAAAUAGUAAAUUGAGACUUGCUCAGUUAGAGCAAGAGCUUCAACAAGCCAAGAAACAGGGUUUGUACAUUGGUGGCACUUUAGAUGCUACUGAGCUAGGAUGUGUAGGAACUACAAAUCCAGCUAUUGCUACAUUCGAAACGGAGUACGGCCAAUGGGUUGAAGAACUAAAUAGACAAAUAUCCGGCUUAGGGAAAGCUCUUCAAUCAAAUGUUGGGGAUUUGGAACUCCGGUCGCUCGUUGAUGGUGGAAUGAAGCAUUAUUUUGAUCUGUUUGUGAUGAAAUCUACAGCUGCAAAGGCUGACGUGUUUUAUGUUAUGUCGGGUUUGUGGAAAAUGCCAGCCGAACGAUUUUUCUUAUGGGUCGGAGGCUUUCGGCCUUCAGAAAUUUUAAGGGUUCUGUCACCACAUCUCGAUCCUUUGUCCGAACAACAACAAUUGGAUGUUUGUAAUCUUGCACAAUCAUGUCAGCAGGCAGAGGAUGCUUUAUCUCAGGGGAUGGAAAAACUUCAUAUAAUUCUUGCUGAUACCAUAGCCGGACGAAAGCUGGGCGAAGACAGCUAUGGCCCACACGUUCGAGCUGCUGUUGAUAAGUUGGAAGCCCUCGUGAGGUUUGUGGCUCAGGCAGAUCAUCUCCGGCAAGAAACUCUUCAGCAGCUAUUGCAAAUUCUCACACCUCUGCAAGCAGCUCAGGCUUUCAUCAACUUGGGUGAGUAUUUCCAACGCCUUCGAACUUUAAGUUCAGUUUGGUCCUCACGUCCCCAAGAAAAGGCCUAAGUUGUGAUGUGAAAUCAGCUAAAGUCCCUCAUUUAUAGUUUGGUACACAUGGCAGAUAGUUAUGAAAUCUACUGCUAUUGUAAAAUUGUAAAUAUGUGUACGUAGUUUGUUAAAAGGCAGUUUGCAAAUUCCUAUAAGUUUUUUUUUUUUUAUUAU